AUGCGGAGUUACCGACCGGAAACAUUAAAGUCGUCGCCCGACUGUCAUUUUUGAUCUAUAGAUUUUUUACAAAUAAUUUGCUAAUCGCUAUUGUACCUACGUGUAUUCUUUAUUAACUUUAAUGUUACGUGUUCUUCUUUAGUAGAGGAGAUCGUUGAUUUUCUUCUUAUCCUACGUUAUAUAUUUUAAGGGUUCAGAAUGUCCGGAGAGCCAGAGGUAGCACGCACCCCUGAGGAAGAGGAGACUGAAGAGGAAGAAAUCAAGUCCUCAUACAAACCUCCCCCAGAGAAGACGAUUGAGGAGAUCCUAGCCGCCGACCAGGAGGAUGAAUCCCUUAGGAAGUACAAGGAAGCGUUACUCGGACAGGCUCAGGCGGGGACUGUUAUAGUUGAGCCGGACGACCCUCGUAAGGUUAUAGUGAAAAAGUUGGCGCUGUGCGUGACCGACCGCGACGACCUCGAGCUAGACCUCACCGGCGACCUGACCGAUCUGAAGAAGCAGGUGUUCAUAAUAAAAGAGGGCGUGCAAUAUCGGAUAAGGAUUGAUUUUAUUGUGCAACGUGAAAUCGUGCACGGAUUGAAAUACGUGCAGAAGACCUAUCGCAUCGGAGUGCCAGUGGACAAAAUGACCCACAUGGUCGGUUCCUACCCACCCAAAACGGAGAUCCAGUCGUACACAACACCCCCAGAAGACGCUCCAUCAGGUAUGAUGGCGAGAGGGUCCUAUACAGUGAACAGCUUGUUCACCGAUGAUGAUAAGAACAUCCAUCUUCAAUGGGAAUGGAGCUUCGAGAUCAAAAAGGAUUGGAAAGAUUAGAAUUGGCUUCGUUUGGAUUGGAUGCGCAGGUCAGCACCUUUUUAAAGUAUUUGUCGAGCGGAUAUUGAUGCAAAUUGUUACUUUUCUUGACUAUGUAACCAAUAUUUCUGUAAUAUAAUUUUGUAAUUUGUUUCAAUGGAAUUGAUGUAAGGAACUGUAUUAAUUACUUAAUAACAAUUGUAGUACUAUCAAAUAAUUCAGUCAACAUUAAAAUUGAUUGUUUUAGUAUCAAUUAAAAUGAAAGGUAAAAAAUAAAGUUUUGAAAAGUGUUGUGUUAAGAAAGACUUGAAAGUUUUCCACCAAAGUGAUUUGUACUAAUUCUAUUGAAACAAAAUAUUUACUUUAAAUUAAUUAUUUUCAUAAAUAUCUCUAUAUGAUAAAAAUUCUCUGUUCCGUUUCAAAAAACGCCAUUUUAUUAUGUGUGCCAUAGUCUACGAUUGUCUAUGACCGCGUUGCUCAAUAUCCUUCGAUUGAUACAAAAAAAUUACGCACAGUGCUGACGUGCCUCCAAUCCAAAUAAGUGUCGAUAAUGUUAUCGAUGGCUGACUGAGGUUAGCAAAACUAGUGAAUAAGCUAAUCUCUCAUUUAUAUGAAAAAAUUUUACAUAAUACGCAUUUUACACUCGUAUAGAAAAUGUAACGUUAUCCUUUCAAAACUUCUCUAUAAUCUUUGAUACUACUUAAAAAAAUAAUUGUACUGAAAUUUUAUUUUUUAAUCUGUCAAAUCCAUCACUAUUUUUAUACUGUCGAUGUAAUCUGUACAUUAUAACGUAAAAAAAACAUGUUUUCGAUAUUGAUAAUAAUCAUUCAUACCAUAGAGUAAGACGGUUUAGUGUAGACUUUAUUUCGAGAUUAAUAAAAUCCUAGCGUUUAUAAUAAUAUCAGUAUAAAUAAUCUUAAUAAAUAUUCUAUAGAUCACCGUAGUGCCGAUCGCGUAUCUCGAUAAAUUUUCCAGAUUUCUAUAUUUUAUAACUACUCGUAUUAGCUACGAACCGUUCAACGUAAGUUCUAAAACGAAGGGUUCCUUAAGUAAAACUGACCGUUUUUGAAUUAAGAAACUAGUUUUUAGUCAGUCUCAGUCGACACUUCAUGCGUUUACAUCAGCAUUCCUGUACCGAGCAUUUUAUAAGCCACGUUUGUAUCGAAUUUUCUUUCAAUUUAAAAUAAUCUUUGACUAUAUUGUCGAACUAUUCAAUAUUUAGUACUUUGCUGUCCCUCUCAGGCUCAGCGUUAAAGCUAGAGAUAGCAAUCCAUAAAGGUUAACAAUCCAAUGAUAGAGAUAGGUCUGUUUAAAGAACAUCUAAAUUUAUUCCUUGCCUGUAAAUAUAACUCAAAAAGUAAGAAAACGUAAUCCGAUGUCUCACCGUCUCGUCUACUGGACAUUGACGAAGACAUCGUGCUAAUUCAUUACUAUCGGAACUUAUCGAUUAAAAUGUAUGAAUGUAGAAUAAUUUUUAAUGUAAUCCUAAAGUUAGCAUUAAUAACAGUAAAACGGUAUAUUAUGAAUAUACUUGAAUACUUCGAUCAGUUCAAGAGAUGUAAAACGUAUUAGAGGUAAUAGCGACUCUAGCAUUUAGGGGUAAUAGCAGCUCUAUAUUGAGUAUCGUUUGAUAAUUUCGUUCCGUAAGGGAAUAUCGAUACGUUGUAAGUUAUCUCUUUCGUAUUUCGUAUAAAUCGUUAAGAGAGAGAUAUGUAUAUUAGCGUCACAUAAUAUAUAUAGUCAUUGAUGUUUUAGAGCACAGAGCACUAAAAAUGAAAUCUAUUUUUAAUACCUAGCAUCUAGAUACAGUGCCAGUGACGACGACGUGGCAAUAAUUAUCGGAAAGUAUUAAAAAAAAUUGUUUUUUUUCUUUGAAUGUAUGAUUUCACAACUAGUGUAAUUUAGAGGGUAAGCGAUAAAGUACAUAUAUAAAGGUAAUCGGUGUUAUAACGUGAGGCGAUGUCGCUUGUUGCUGAUUUGGAGGGUAGAAUGAGGUGCUUCAGUGUCAUCACUGGUGCUUCGUACGGACUGGACACACGGACUUUAGAUGAAAUUAUUCUUAAACAAUCAUUUUACAGUUUUUAUACGUAAGUUAUCAAAUAGGUAACUUAUCAGGGAGAUAUGUAUUUUUGCCAUAUCGACUAAAUUAGUUGCAAAUUUGUAAGAUUUCCUGAAAAGAAAUCUGAUUAAAAAAACUAGACAUUAUCGUUCUGUGUUCGGUAUUAUACUUUAAAUGAGAAUCAAUUAAAUAAACUUAUAUAUCCUUACUAUAAUCCUACAAAAAUCGUCCCGUGUGUUCAGUCAACAAUAUUAAUUAAGGCUUCCCUUUUGUAAAAUUAGAAUUAGUACCCCAUUUCUUAAUAAUUUACAAAUCUGAUAAUUCUGACGUCAUUACUAUGUAAAGUUCUGAUCAAUAACGUUUCCUUGUCGGAGAGUAAAAUAAAAUUAUAAAUUAUAAUAAUUAUAAAGUAUACUGUGAAUUUAAGAAUCCCAGAAUCGUUGUAGCGUUUGUUAAAUUAACAAACGUAGCAAGAGAAUGAAGAAUAAAAAAAGAUUUUAACAUUUUGAUGUUAAUAUCACUAUUAUUAAUGAAUUGUAUUAAAUUAAAGGAAACCAGUUUAUACUAAGAUCGUCGCUUUGGAUUUGCGUUUCGCAAUUGACUCAAAAUGUUUGACGUGACAAAGCAAUGCGACAAUCUUAGCUUAAAUCGACGCUUUAUUAAAUUAAUAAAUAAAAAAUAAGCUUCAAGAAUAGACGUCGAAAUUUUUUUGAGUUUUUCAUAUUAUUUAAUAUUCGUUUCAUAAUUCUUUAAAUAUUGAAUUGUAUAUUGUAUGUAUUUAGGUUGAUAUUCGUUCGGAGCUUGUCCUUUAUUAUGUUUUAUGGUACGUUUAUAUUCCGUGCUAUAUAUAUUUUUUAUUUUAUAUUAUUUUGUUACUUCAGUAAAUGAUUUUUAUUACAAUAGAUGUAAAGUUGUAUGCAAUGUAAUAGUUUGGCCAAAAAUAAAGCUUAUUUAUUCAA